GCAGCCCAGAGUCAUUUGACUGUGUACAUUAGACCAAGAUGGGCACGAACGUUGUGACGCUUCUUUUUCUGGCUACGUUUGUCAUCGUGUGCUAUGGAUGGUCGGGACACGUCUGUUAUCGCAGGGUGUGUUAUUACGCCCGUGUACGAAGAUGUGCUUAUCAAACAUGGUCUGCUUGUUGCUAUUAUCGCUAUUAUUGGGUGGAACGCUAUAAAUACGUCCCGUAUUGUUGUAGCGGUUGGAAAAGCACGUGGUCAAAUUCACAAAACUGUAAUACAGCGAUAUGUAAUCCAUCGUGUAAAAACAACGGACACUGUGACAGACCUGGUCACUGUGAUUGUGCUUCUGGUUUUGACGGAUACAGAUGUGAUGGACGGACAUGUUCACACCUGACAGCGUGUUACCCAGGUAUGUGUCAACGAAACUCGGACAGGACAUCCACCACGUGUACCUGUGAGAAUGGAUUUGGAGGUCCUAACUGUAUCAACAUGGGGUCUACCUUAGCGCCUGCUAUCAACGCCAUCAAGGCACGGAUGUCAUUCUGGAUGAGAGGCAUAGACAAUACAAUGGAAAAGUACGCCCUCUUCGUGGAUUCAACCAUGAAACCAGACACUGAUUUCAUAUGGACCAAUCGGGUUAUGUUCAACUGGAUCAACGUGACAGCUGUCAGUCAGUAUGUGGGAGAAGAUCCCCCACCUAAACCCGACUGGAUAAAAAAAGCUGAAUUCGGCAUAACUGAAGCAGAAGCGAAUAUUUUUCUGAUUAAAGAGUCCUUUCUAGACCCUAACAAGAAAUACGUCAGCAAGAAUGAAACUCUGAAGUGUAACCAGACUUUUACAUCGUUGGAUAUUGGUCCGCGAUCACCUGCCGCGGAUGUAGUAAACUGCAGUAUCAGUCUUCCAAACUUCGACAGGCAGCUGGAAAAUGGCGACAGACUGACCGUGACAUUCAGAACCAAGAGUGGGGGAUUCCGUGAAGUUGUAGAUGCUGAACGACCUUAUGUACCAUGGCGGACACAUGAGUUUACAGAAUCCCCGUGGACCGAGAAGGCGGUCGAGUUCCGCUUUGAUACGGCCAAACCAGAACACUGCAAACUACAAAAUCUUCCCUGUGCAGAUGACAUAUUUAGCGUGGAUAAUGAUAUCCACGUGACACAUACUCCUAUUGUUUUGAUCUGGAAUGGCUGGACUGACUCUCUGUCUGGAAUGUUCCGCUACGCAUGGGAAGUUUUCAAAUUGGUGCCAGACAUUAGCGGUAAACUGCACGAGCAACAUCCACUAAAACCUUUGAAGAUAGAGGAAGUGAUGCACGCAAACCUUAGUAGCGUGACGCCGUCUUACCAACCGACAGGAGUUGGGAUGUAUUCUUUCAUUCUAGAAGCUUCUGAUAUGGCAAACAAUUCUGUCUUUAUCAGACGCUUAUGUCUGUAUGACCCAUCAUCUGAAAUCACACUCGAUUCUGAGGCGAUGAAGAUAGCUUCAGGUACAGGAUUAGGUAAAGAUGUCUGGACUUCUGAUAUAAGCAGUUCACUGGUCGUUAGCUGGGAGAAUCAUUUCGUUAACAAGAUUCACGAAGACAACAAACUUCUUAACCCUGUGAAAGAGUAUCCACAGCAAUUGGAAGAUGGUUUGAAGACAAUUACGAAUGAUGACAACAACGGUACAAGGACAUUGAGAGCCAUCGAUAACAGCCGUGGCAUUGUAAAGUUCGAGAUUGUCCACGCAAAGGACAGCGGUGGCGGACACAAUCAACAGGAGCCGACGACUGGAUGGACAAUAUUAAGUCCUUCAACUCUGAGCACAACUGUUACUCCGAACAAUCCAAGCAAAGGGGAUACUGUCACUAUCUGGGUUCGUGCUACAGACAUCACAGGUCGAAAUAAGACUGACGUGAUCCGGGUUCAUUUUGAUGAUACAGCACCAAACGCUUUGAGCAUCGUGACCUUUGACAAAAAUGUUCCAGCCAUUUACCCAUUUGGGUCGAAGGUUACCGUGACUGUGUUUGACAUGGAUAGUGGCAUUCAUCAAAUCAACAUGACAGCUGUACGACGAAAAUCAAAUGCUAUUUUAGUGACUCAUUCAUUCAGUAUCCCCACUAUAUCUACGUCAGAAUGUCAGGAUUUUCUACAAGACGACUGUUUCUGUUCGAGAGACCAGCCAGGCAUGUGUCAAAAGAAAACACAAGUUCUGCAUAUCAACAACUGCUGGCUGAUAAUUCCAAGAGAUGGACUCAAAUCCGAGACCGUGGAAUUGAGAUUUCAGAUUUUCAAUAAUGCGCUUCUGUCUGUCACCCGAGCAGUCAAUGUUUCUAAUUUAUCUUCGCUGAAUGGCACAGAAGCUUUUCUGGGUCCUAUGCAUAUUCGUAAUGAAAGUCUCACCACGACUGGAGUUAGGAUCGCAUGGGAUCACGCCCCCGCAUGUUACGAACGGACAGAAAUGUGGAUCAACUAUAGGAACAAAGAUGGCAAGCUGAUCAAGAAGAAGUUGCACAAAGAUGCUGUUUAUGAAGAUUUGACUGGUCUCAAACCCGGCACCACAUACACCAUACAACUGAUAUCUCAAUACGGAGAUAUCAUGAGUGAACCAGUUGACUUUGUUAUCGUAACUGAAUCCGUUCCUGAAUCUGGUGGUCUGGGUGGCGGCGCGGUUGCUGGUAUUGUUAUUGGAGUCUUGAUUCUAAUUAUUCUUGUUGUGCUGCUCAUUGGGUUCCUGUUGUGGCGAACCGGACGAUUUCCAAGACACAUUCGGAACAAAUAUAAAGAGUCGGCUUCUGUGUCCAUCCACAACUCUGUGUCACAAACCAAGGUGAAGAACGCGGCACCGUCAUCCAGCUCCGUGGCUGUGGCUAACAAUGCCUAUUCACCUGAUGACGAAAUAUACCUAUACGGAAGCAUGAGUUUUGAUUCGAUGCAACCUUGGUAUGUUCAACAUAACGAUUUGACGUUGGUGAAUCUCAUCCACACAGGACGGUUUGCCAAAAUCUACACAGCCACGUGGAAAGGCGCCCCUAAACAAGAGAGCGAAGUCAUUGCAAAACUGAUCAAAGACGAUCACACAGAAGAUGACGUUCUAACGAUGAUGGCAAAGAUCAACUUUGCGGCUACGAAGGUUGGAGAGCAUCCAAACAUCUUGCGUUUCCUCGGAGCUGUUGUCGACAAUGAUGAGUUGGGCCCUAUAAUGGUUUUGGAAUACUGUGAGACUGGACAGCUUGACAAAUGGCUGACGAGCCAGCAAGGCAAGACAACAGAUGACACCAUCGAGAAGAUGCAGAGGAUUGCCAUGGAGAUCGCCCAGGCCAUGGCGUACCUGAAGUCACGAGGGAUUGUCCACAAAAAGCUUGCAGCAAGAAAUGUUCUUCUGACUUUCGUUCUUCAAGCGAAGGUCACAGGUUUUGGACCUCAACGUGGAGAGAACAACGAAGAGGACGAGAACUCCAAAGGGGAUCGCAUUCCCAUCAAAUGGACUGCCCCGGAAUGUCUCCAGACCAUGAAGGAUGCCAAUGAAAAGAGUGACGUAUGGUCUUAUGGCAUAGUUCUUUGGGAAAUAUUCAGCUUGGCCCAGGAGUUCGCUGCUUCCCUGAAGGUGUUAGCCACUCGCGCCAGGAAGACUGAGUCGGGUGCCACUACGGGUUCUAGUGCUGCCAGCUAUGCUGAAGGAGACGAUAGCUUCCGUGGCGGCUGUCUCGUCAGUGGCGGUUCUUGCUCAGGGGAGGAUCCAGUGUCAGUGGUUUCCAGUCCAGCUCCAUCUGCUUCUGCGAUAUCGAUGGAUUUUCCAGCGGCUUUCUCCAAGCGGUCGUCAACCAUUAUGGAGUCCAGUGAGCGACCAUUGAAAACUGUUUCCAGCAAUAAGCUUUCCGAACGGACCGAGUCUUCUGAGCAGACCGAAGUUUCCCAGCAGACCGAGAAGACUGUUUCACACCGUUCAUCCCUUGAGUGUUCCAAGGAUUCCGUGUCACAUCGUAGCCGGGUCCGUAGUCGCAGUCGUUUGGUGGUUCCAGCGGUUCAUCCACACCGUUCCGGUUUUGAUACGGCUUCCAAGGUUUCUAUGGGUUCCCGACGGGAUCACCGUGAACACAGUUCUGUUACCUUGGUGCUCCUUAUGAACUCCUUGGCCAAGAAUCAGCUGCCUGAUCAAGCUCCUUGUUCCUACGUGGUACAAGCCUUAUCAUCCAUUGUGGGUCUUGACGAUGUGAAAGACUUAUCCUUAUGUCCGGUGAGAGCUUUGCAUCACUACGAGGUUGUUCCUUUCCUGUCACCAAAGUCACCUGAAACACAUUACCAAGAAUACGGUCUCUACUUGAAUCCAGUCUUCGAUCCUGUCUGCAUACCAGAAGAAGGUUUGCCUGCACCUUCAGCUUCCAAUACACAUGAAUUGCGUGCACUGGCCGCCACUAUGUCCCUGCACUGUAACGCACCCAUUCAGUACAUAUUUACUGGUUGUUUCUGGGCGACGGACUCCAUCUUCGCUAACUACUACUUGCGGGAUGCCUCCACCGAGGAUGUUGAGGGCUUCCAUCAUCUUGGACCUGUGGUGGCUGCACAGACUUUGGUGAACACUAGCCGUCCUCGUCGUCGCUGA